GACCCUUUCUAAGUAGCUCACCACAUUGGGCAAAUCCCUUCCGAAGCCCUUUGAAGCCCGCUCCUGCUUCUUUACUUCUCGUUUCUCCAGAUCUAGAACCCGAGCUAACUACAGGCCCUUUUUCUUUCUCCCCCACUCUUCAGCCAGUCCGUUCUGGAGGCUCCAGAUGGCGGCUUCUCUAGCUCGGCUGCGGGCCCCCAAGACGCCGCCCGGCAGCAGCCGCCAGUUGCUCCCUCCCAGCUGCUGCAGAAGAGGCAGAGGGGGCCAGGCUCUCGGGAGCAGAGAAAGGAGCAGGCGCUGGUGGAGGCUGCUGCUAGCCGGAGAAGGCAACUGAAAGGGGAGGAUGCAACGAGCACCCCUAGGUCUUAAGCGAUGGAGGAUACCGGUGUCCAAAGGGGUGUCUGGGAUGGAGAUGCCAAGGCUGUUCAGCAGUGUUUGACUGAUAUUUUUACCAGCGUUUACACCACCUGCGACAUUCCAGAAAAUGCGAUAUUCGGUCCCUGCGUCCUAAGCCACACUUCCUUGUACGACAGUAUCGCCUUUAUAGCUCUUAAGUCCACAGAUAAGAGAACAGUUCCUUAUAUAUUCCGGGUGGACACUUCAGCAGCAAAUGGGUCCUCAGAAGGUCUAAUGUGGCUUCGUCUGGUUCAGUCAGCUAGAGAUAAAGAAGAGCAGAACCUAGAAGCCUACAUAAAAAAUGGACAAUUAUUUUACCGAUCCCUCCGAAGGAUUGCCAAAGACGAGGAGUUGCUUGUCUGGUAUGGGAAAGACCUGACUGAUCUUCUUUUGCUCUGCUCCUCUAGAUCGCACAGCAAAAUGAAUGGGUCUCCCCCUUACACAUGCCUGGACUGCAGCCAACGUUUCCAGUUCGAGUUCCCCUACGUGGCGCACCUGCGCUUCCGCUGCCCCAAGAGACUACACAGCGCUGACACCGGCUCCCACAAUGAGCAGCAGGACGGCGGAGGCUGCACAAAAGAACACGGCGGAGGAGGUGGAGGCUGCGGCGAUAGUGGUGGAGGAGGAGGCGGUGGUGGCAGCGUGGCCAAGGACCAACAGCAGCCGGAGGCUACUUUGGGACCUGGACCCAAAUAUUGCAAACCACCCACCAUUCCCAUCCACCACUACCAGGCAUCCCAGGACAGCAACAACACCUCGACGCCGGGCGCGGGAAGCGGCGUCAAACCGUCUACGGAUUUUCACAACCUUGCACGAGAGCUGGAAAACUCCCGUGGGGGCCGCAGUUGCUCUCCUCCCCGAAGUCUAAGCAGCCGAGUCAACAGCAGCGGCAGCGGCCACCAGGAGGUGGAGCUGAGCCCAAACAGCAACGCCACCUGCGCUCUACACCCCGCCACGCCGAGUGGGGGGAGCGGGAGUGGUGGCGGUGGGAGCGGCGGCGGCGGCGGCAGCAAAUCGAAAAGAAAAUACCCAGAAGAGCUGGAGGAGGGCAGCCGUGGAGUGGUAUUGGUGGGGGGCCGAGGCCGCUUUAUUGAGCGGCCCCAACCGGCUUCCAAGGAGGACCUGGUGUGCACUCCUCAGCAACAGUAUCGCACGACGGGUAGUUACUUCAGUCUAGAAGAAAACGGCCGUCUCUUCGCCCCACCUAGUCCGGAGACGGGCGAGGCCAAGCGCAGCGCCUUCGUGGAGGUGAAAAAGGCCUCGAGGAUCGUCGGCGGAACCUCGGGGCUCCUGCAGGAAGAAGAGGAGGUAGCUGACGGAGCUACAAGCGCGGGAGAGGACAAGGAUCUUGGCGCUGGGGCAGGCGGCUUAGCCAGCAAUACUUCUUCCCCCGCAUCUUCUUCCUCCUCAUCUUCACCGUCGGGCCCGGAGAAACUCCUGGGAGCUCGACCCGGGGGCCCGUUGUCCGCUCGUCUGGAGGGAGCCAGCCCGGCCCGGGGCAGCGCCUUCACUACCGUGCCACAGCUCGGAGGCAGCGGGAGCGCGGGAAAUGGAGGAUCAGGCGCCAGCGCUGGGACCGGGCAGGGCGCAGUGCCCGACGAACGCAAAAGCGCCUUUUCGCAGCCCGCGCGAACCUUCUCCCAAAUGCCUCCCCUAGUUUUGGGCCAGAAGCUCGGUUCGUUGGAGCCAUGCCAUCCUGGGGACGGCGUGGGCCCCACCAGACUGUACCCUGCAGACCCUCUGGCAGUGAAACUUCAGAGCGCUGCUGCGGACCUGAAUGGGGCCUGCGCGCCGCUGCAGAAUGGAGGCGGCCUUCCCAAACAGAGCCCCUUUUUAUACGCCACCACCUUCUGGCCCAAGAGUUCAGCGGCCGCGGCCGCAGCAGCGGCGGCCGCAGCCGGACCCCUGCAGUUGCAGCUGCCUUCGGCGCUCACGCUGCUGCCUCCAUCCUUCACGUCUCUCUGCCUGCCAGCACAGAACUGGUGCGCCAAGUGCAACGCCUCCUUCCGCAUGACUUCCGACCUGGUGUACCAUAUGCGGUCACACCACAAAAAGGAGUAUGCGAUGGAACCUUUGGUGAAGAGAAGGCGAGAGGAGAAACUCAAGUGCCCCAUUUGCAAUGAAUCCUUCAGGGAGCGCCACCACUUAUCCAGGCACAUGACCUCGCAUAAUUGAAAUGGAAUGGAAGAACCAGUCAGUCAGCGGGAUCUCUACGCACAGGAAGAAAAUCAGCUGCAGGAAUGAAACUCACCCCCUACAUUUUCUGCCUCACCUCUUUCCCAACACACUCCCACACACGCACACAGUGUAGGGCAAAAGGGCCACCAAAUGGGACUUAGAGACAUGAUUUACCAUUCCGAUGUUUACUUGCACAAAGCCACACCCGCAAAUAUACAUCUGAGUCAGAAAGGGUAGUGGGUUUUUAUUCGGGGGUUUGUUUUGUUUUUGUGGAUUUUUUUAAUGCACGCAUUUUCACUCCCCCAAAAUACAUUUUUAAAAAUGUCAUAUAUUGCAACAUAUUGAUGCAUUUGUCAUACGUUUCUACUUAAAUUAUUAAGCACUUACACAAUUUAGAUGUAAUAAUUAUAUGGAAGGGCAAAUUUUUAUUUUAGAUAUGAAGUGCACAAAGAAGAAUGCAAGGCUUCUGCAUUACGCGAUUACAGUUUGUGUUCUCACAAAGCAAACAAGCAAAAACUAAUUUGAAAAAUGGGGAGGGGGGGAUUGGUUUAAGUUUCCAGGGGAAAGUGCAUGUGUCAUGAAAUAGUUACAGGACUUCCAUGAAGAAUGUCAUCGAUUCUGUAAAUAUGUAUUUCCUUUUAAUACAAAGUGUAAUUUUGUGCCAGUGAAACGAAGUAUGCAUAGUUAUGUGUUUCUUUUCCCCCCUUCCAAAGAUUUAUCAAACUUUAUAGUUUAUCUCGGUAUGUUGGAUGCUUUGACAAUAAAUGACUAUUUUCUUCAAA